AUGGAGGGGUCUUAUGAUCGCGCUUUGACCGUCUUUUCGCCAGACGGGCACCUUUUUCAAGUAGAAUAUGCCUUAGAAGCUGUUAGAAAGGGUACCUGUGCGGUAGGUGUCCGUGGAGGAGAUUGCGUAGUGCUUGGUGUCGAGAAGAAGUCGGUUCUCAAAUUACAGGACCCGCGUACGGUGCGAAAAAUAGUUAUGCUCGAUGACCAUGUAUGCAUGGCCUUUGCUGGUCUGAGUGCAGACGCGAGAGUGCUCGUUAACAAGGCCCGAGUGGAGUGUCAAAGUCACCGACUCACUGUAGAGGACCCCGUGACGGUCGAAUAUAUCACACGUUACAUAGCUGGAGUUCAACAGAGCGGAGGUGUUCGCCCAUUUGGAAUUUCAACACUGAUAAUUGGUUUUGACGCGAAUGAUAAAAUGCCAAAACUUUAUCAAACUGAUCCGUCGGGAAUAUAUUCUGCGUGGAAGGCAAAUGCGAUUGGCAGGAGUUCAAAAACUGUUCGUGAAUUCCUGGAGAAAAACUACAAGGAGGAUUUGAAUAAAGAUGAAACCAUCAAAUUAGCAGUCAAAUCGCUGUUGGAG